AUGAGUCUAAUGCCAUUGUCAGUCUAUCAAAGGCUUGCUAUUAGAAAUGUCAGUGAUACAAAGACAAAUCUGAAAUUUACAGAUCACUCCAUAAAGAAUGCAUAUGAGAUCAUGGAAGAUGUACUGGUGACAAUAGAGGAAUUUAGUUUUCCUGUUAAUUUUGUGAUCAUAGACAUACAUGUGGAUGAAGAGACACCUAUCAUUCUUGUUCGACCAUUCAUGCGGACAAGUCGAUGCAAUUUCGACAUAGACCACGGUACACUAACUUUAAAAGUUUAUGAUGAUGAAAUAACCUUGAAUGUUCUUGAAAACAGGGAGCUAGAGGUAGAAAGAGAAAAUCACUAUCAAGUAGGCAUGAUCAGGACAAAUGUGAAAGGCCAAAGAAAUAUGCCAACAUCAGAAAAAGUUUCAAGAAGACCAUCUCAACUGGUAUCCCCUCCAUUAGCACCCUCGAGUGGAAAAACUCAUAUUUCCAUUCCAAAAGCCAUGAGAAAGAAGAGAGAGCGACAACAAGGUUAG